GAAAUGAAGAUGCAGUGGUUUGCCAUAGUUAUGUGCUUGUAUGCAGGAGUAGCAAGUGCACGGACAGAAGAAGACCAACAAACAUCCUCAUCAAGCACGAUAACAGGAAUGUCUGGUGGAACUUUAGAGAGAUGUUUUCAUCGUCAAUCUAGCGAAUGUCCUAAUGUUGAAACUACUGGAUGUUCCUGUAAAAAGAUCCUUCUUGCCCAUAAUAAUCCUGAAAGCACUGCAGUAUUUUGUUGUAAUUUGGAUAUUAGAAAUUUUGAAUCUGAGCUGUCUUGUGCAGGAUUUCCAUCAAAUAUAUCUUAUAUACAUAUAAGAAAUGCAACAUUAGAUGUAUUUAAUGUAAGUGAAAUUCGGUGGAGAAGAUUAAAAUCGCUCGCUAUAACCGAUGGAAAAAUUAAUCGAGUCAAAGGACAAUUUCGGAUGAUGACACCAACGCUGUGCUUAAAUCUUUCGAAUAAUGGCCUCGUCGAAGUGGAAAAUAAUUCGCUUACUCGUUUGGUACAACUUACAACUUUGGAUUUGUCUUACAAUAAUCUUACGCACCUACCAGCCUUGAAUACAAUGAAUGGCCGAGAAUUCUGGCUGGACAUUUCAGGAACAAAUACGCUUUGGUGUCACGAUAUUUACCAAUACAUUAAUAAGACAGGAGAAAAGCAAAUUAAUUUCAAUCGCGAAAAUGAAACUGUAUGUUCGGCUAGUAAAACAUGGCAUUGGUUUAAUACCACCGAACAAGUUCCUUUGAAACAAGUUCGAUACCUUAGCUUGUUACAAACAGAAUGCCCAAAGGGGGAUACUUGGCAGUGUCAAUGCAAUUUUAGGAGAUUAGAUAUUGUUGAAGGUAAACCCCCGACUUUAGCAGUAAACGUGGAUUGUAGUGGUAUUCAAAUCACUGAAUUGCCCGAAAAAUUACCUCGCAAUACCAUAGCCUUGAACGUAUCGUACAACAACAUCACAGCAUUGGAUGAUCUCAGUACCAAUCCGUGCUAUGAAGAUAUAAGAGAAUUCUACGCGGAUUAUAAUAAUAUAUCCUCUAUAAAUAAACUCGAAGGUUCUAAAUUUCUGGACAACUAUGCUUUACUUAGUCUGCGGUACAACAAAAUCAAAUCUCUUCCAACGUACAUUCUAAGCCCUAAUACUCAUGAUAAAAGUUUCAUCAGUUCACGGUUAGUGAAACUUGGUGGAAAUGAGCUGCAUUGCGACUGUAAUACAGCUAAAUACUUAAAGGUGUGGUUACAAACUCGCAUAUUAGAUUCAGACGAAGUACUAUGCGAAAAUGUAAAAGAAAAGGUCGUUGAUUUAGAACCUUCGAAGAUGUGUGUAUACCCGGGUGAUUGGACGGAUUACAUUUACUACAUCAUUGCUACGGAAGUUGUUCUCUUAAUAAGUCUGAUAACUAAGGUAUCUUACGAUUAUUGGAUCUUUAAAACAGCAGGCUAUCUCCCAUGGCCAGCAAAUAAAAUGCCAAAAUUGCCUUGUGACUGGUUAUGUGAAACUUAAAUGUACAAUGUUUUGGCGCAAGUUUGUAAGUAAAAUUAAGUUUUUUAUAUCAUGUUUACGAAAUUGAACAAUUUUCGAAAUGUCUUGAUAUC